AUGUUUCCUUAUUUCUUCGUAGUUUUUCUAUUUCUGUUACACGCCUUUUUCUUUGGUGCUAUCUGCAUUUUGUUUGUUUCUUUCUCUCUUGUUCAGAUCUAUCUAUCUAUCUAUCUAUCUAUCUAUCUAUCUAUCUAUCUAUCUAUCUAUCUAUCUAUCUAUCGACCAUAUCAUAAAAUGAAUCAAAAUGUCUAUCUUCUUUUUUUUCAUGGUUUCCCAACCUUGUCUUUUCAUUUUCUACUUUCUGUAUUUUCGUAUCUUUUCCGUUGUUUCUUAUUUCCUUUUAUUCAUUAUAAUUCUUUCUUUCUUUCCUUUAUUCUUAUCCAAAUUUUAUUAUUCGUCUUUCUUUCUUUCUUUCUUUCUUUCUUUCUUUCUUUUUACACUUAUUUUACGUUUGCAUGUGUUUUUCUUUCUUUUACUUUACAGAUGCCCAAUCUUAUACAGUUUUCUUUCCUUCUUUCUUUUUGCUGUACUGUUUUUCGUUUGUGGGGUAGAGUUUCUUUGAUUUUAUUGUACAUAUUAUUUAAUUUUUUCGAUUUUAUUGUACAGUUUUUCUUUCUUUUUUCUUUCUCGCUUUCUUUCUUUCUUUCUUUCUUUUUACUUUUCUUUCCUUCUUUCUUUCUUUUUACAGUACAGUUUUUCGUUUGUGGUGUAGAGUUUCUUUGUUUUAUCUUUGUCAGCUUUUUCUUUCUUUCUUACUUUCUUGCUUUCUUUUUUUUACUAACUGAUCUGGGAAUUUAUCUAUCUAUCUAUCUAUCUAUCUAUCUAUAG